AUGGCGAGUUCGGAUACGAGUCCCACGGAUACGAGGCCCUCUUUUACUCAGUUUCUGAAAAAGACAAAGCAAAAAGGGCCAGUCUGUGAAGGACCCGAGUGUGCUGCUACGCCGCGGCGGAGAGGGCGGAAGAGUAGAGGAGUGAGCAGUGAGUCACCCGAGAAUAGUAGCGAGACAUCGCCUCAAAAACCUCGCAAGUCUCUCACCGCUACUGAAAAGGCAAAGCUUCGCCGCACCCAAGUCAGAAGAGCCCAGAUCCAGCACCGUCAACGCAAAGCAGAGUACCAGAAGCAGCUCGAGGUCGACAUCACUCACUUCCGCGAACUCAUCGCCCUGACUGAAUUUGAAUCGGAGCAGUUGGAAAAGGACAACACGUCCAUAAGGGCUCUCCUCGCUAGCCAGGGAAUCGUGGUUCCGCAAUGCAAAUCCGACCGCUGCUCGAUAAAUCAUCGUGUCCCGAAAGAUGUUGUUGCUGGUCGUGAUGAUGCUUGGGUUGAUGAGGCGCUGGGUGUGAGGCAAAGUACGGAGGGUCAAGCCCUGCCGCAGUACGAUCCUGACGGCGGCGAGUUAUUUGCCGAUGUCAAUGUCGACGAUAUUAUUGUUACUCUUAAGAAGGACGAUUCAAUGGUGACGCCUGCCUUUAGUAUCCGGCCCAACGAAUCGAGUAUCAACGCGACAAGUCCUCCACAACCGCCUCGAGAUCUAAAUCUAACCCCGUACGAAGAACAAAGGGCCGUCAACUUCAUCCUAUCUCUUGAACAUAUAUGCUGGGAUCACUUUUUUGUCGGCGAUUACCCUUCACAUUCCCACCUCUCAAAUGAUGAACCAAAGGGUCACACUCUCAUGGCUUCUUCACUCUGCAUGGCCAAUGCCCCCUUCGACGUCUUUGGUGAUCGAAAACUCAUCUCAUCAGCAACAUCCUGCCACAACCGUAGCAAUCUCGGCCUGGAUCCCCACGUACCUCCCGUUCACCUGGAAUGGCCAUCGCCUCGGAUAUCUCUCUCUUCUCUCUACGGUCUCGCACAAAGUCUCAAUCCCGGAGACUUGGAGAUCACGCCCGUCCAAGCUUGGUUCGAGCUUUCUAACCGGUUUGACAAGACCCUACUACUAGAACGUCUGGACCUACUGGGCACAGAACUAGUAGGAGUUUCUAAGUGUUUGGAGUUUGGAGCUGUUAUGGAAAAGGAUGCUUUCGAGAGUGUCGUGACAAGAGUGUAUGGAGGUACACUCGAAGAAGCUAUCGCUUCUGCAGCAUUGCUCGAUCAACCACCUAACGUUUGCAGUAUUGCUUCGGGGGGUGCACGAGGCGGUUGCUUAACUACGCCAGCAGGUUUUGUGGGAUAUGCCCAGGGCUGA